AUGCGGAUUGUGGGUCGUGGUGCAUUUGGAAAGGUCCGGAUCGUGGAGCAUCGCGAAUCACGUCAAUUAUAUGCAUUGAAAUACAUCAGCAAAGAAGAAUGCAUUCGUAUGGAAGCCGUUCGCAACAUCAUUCGAGAAAGAACCAUCCUUGAACAACUCGAUCAUCCCUUUUUAUGUCGUCUUCGAUUCGCGUUUCAAGAUCAUGAAUACAUGUACAUGGUAACAGAUCUCAUGCUUGGUGGCGAUCUACAUUAUCAUAUUACAAGAGAGCACUUUGGCGAAGAUGUGCUGCGAUUUUGGUUUGCAGAAUUGGCUGCGGGCAUCAAAUACUUACACAGCAAACUCGUCGUGCAUAGAGACAUCAAACCACAAAACAUCUUGCUGGAUGACAAGGGACAUGUACACAUUACCGAUUUCAACAUUGCAACCUACCUUACUGGCAGAAGGGCGUUGACUUCUAAUUCAGGCACUGGCUACUAUAUGGCCCCUGAAGUUUAUCGAGGUGGUGGAUACAAUGAAGCAGUCGAUUGGUGGAGUUUGGGAGUGACAUUAUACGAAUGCAUAUACCACAAGCGACCAUUUGAAUGUCAAACCAAUGAGGAAUUGAAGAUUGCUGUACGACGAGGGGUGGUGCAUUAUCCAGAUGAUGUGGCAGUGUCAGCUGAAUGUUUAUCGGUUAUCCAAGGCUUUUUAGAAAUGAACCCGAUGAAACGAUUAGGUCAAGGUGAUAUUGGAUGGGCCAAUCUUGUUCGUCAUCCUUUCUUUCGUCCUGUGGAAUGGCAUCGUCUCGAAUCAAAAACGUUGACGCCACCCUUUCAACCAUCGACUGAACGCAACAACUUUGACCCAACCUUUGAUCUUGAAGAGCUUAUUUUGGGGGAGAGCAGUAUAUCGCAUCGACGACGACAACAACAACAAGCAGCUGAGCGUCUUGCUGGACCCCAUCAACGAGCUGAUGAUACCCGACGUGAGCGUGAUCUACGAUUAAUCCAAGAAAAGUUUAUUCCAUUCGACUAUACCGUAUUUGAAAAGUAUGAAGGAUUCAAAGAUCCCGUAAGGAUGACUGUCGGUGAACCACCUGACUGGGUCAAGCCUGCGUUUGAAGGUGCAGAGUUACCCGUGAUCACUGCUAUCGAACAAGAUCAACAGGAUAUACUUUCAUCUGCGACAACAACAUCUCCAAUUGUACCACAUCCCCUUGCCAAAGGACCCAACCGCUCUGCAUCUACGAGUAAUCUUGCAGCACGAGCAGCAGCAGCAACGGCUUCCACGGGGAUACAGCAACAACAAGAGAAUGAAAAGCCAACAUGGAAACGACGUAGCCUUGGCGUUGUGCGUGCAAGUGGUGAAGCUGGCAACACGAGUCUAAGUGAAGAAUACGCCAUUUCGUUACAGGGACUACGUAAGAAACAAAGCACCAAAAGUUUCCGGGAACGACGUGAACGUGAUAGGAGGAGCAUCACUAACCAACAUGUCGAGGAUCGGUGA